AGCAUUUUUCCGUGAGCCCCUCGGCUUUGUCGUGCUGCACGUCUGACUAGCAGGAGGGGGAUUGGCUGCUCCCUGGCUCGGCAGUGCUUCCCUGCAGCUCACCCCAAUCCCCCCACCCACUCCUGGGUCAGGAAAUGUGAGCAGGGCUGAUGGAGACGGAGAAGUAAGGCUGAAGAUCUGCACCGGCGCUGGAUGAGACAGCAAGCAGCCGAGUGCUUCUCAGCCUGUGCGGUGUUCGACCCCAGGUCUGGCAGAGUCGUGUCCAUCCAUGGAGGGCUAUCGCUGGACAACUGCUGGCGUCCUGCUUCUGGCUUGCCUCGUCCUGAGCUUCAGAACAGCUCACUCAGAGGAAGAUCAAGACUCACUGUGGGAUGCCUGGGGCUCAUGGAGCGAAUGCUCACGCACUUGUGGAGGAGGGGCUUCGUAUUCAUUGAGACGCUGUCUGAGCAGCAAGACCUGUGAAGGACGAAACAUCAGGUACAGGACGUGUAGCAAUGUGGACUGUCUACCAGAAGCAGGUGAUUUUCGUGCCCAGCAGUGCUCUGCUCACAACGAUGUCAAGUACCAGGGACAGUUUUAUGAGUGGAUUCCCAUCUCUAAUGACCCUGACAACCCAUGCUCGCUCAAGUGCCAGGCCAGAGGAACAGCUCUGGUUGUGGAGCUGGCACCAAAGGUUCUGGAUGGGACCCGAUGCUACACUGAAUCCCUGGACAUGUGCAUCAGUGGCAUGUGCCAAAUUGUUGGCUGUGACCGCCAGCUGGGAAGCACUGUCAAGGAAGAUAACUGUGGGGUCUGCAAUGGUGAUGGGUCCACCUGCCGGCUGGUUCGAGGCCAAUAUAAGUCCCAUCUCUCAGCAAAUAAAUUGGAUGAUACAGUUGUUGCAAUUCCCUAUGGAAGCAGGCAAGUUCGCCUUGUGCUGAAAGGACCAGAUCAUUUAUAUUUGGAAACCAAGACUCUCCAAGGUGUGAAGAGGGAAAACAGCCUCAGCUCCACUGGCUCCUUCCUCAUGGACAAUUCUAGUAUCGACUUCCAGAAGUUUCCUGACAGGGAGAUAUUAAGAAUAUCUGGGCCACUCACUGCAGAUUUCACUGUCAAGAUCCACUAUGCUGGUGCUGCUGACAGUUCUGUUCAGUUUAUCUUCUAUCAACCUAUCACUCAUCAGUGGAGGGAAACAGAUUUUUUCCCUUGUUCAGCAUCCUGUGGAGGAGGUUAUCAACUGACAUCUGCUGAGUGUUUUGAUCUGAGAAGCAACAGGGUAGUAACAGAUCAGUACUGUCACUACUACCCUGAAAAUAUCAAGCCAAAGCCAAAGCUUCAGGAAUGUAAUAUGGAUCCCUGUCCUGCAAGUGAUGGAUACAAGCAGAUCAUGCCCUAUGACCUCUACCACCCCCUUCCUCGAUGGGAAAGUACACCCUGGACUGCCUGUUCCGCAUCCUGUGGAAGGGGUGUUCAAAGCCGCAGCAUCUCAUGUGUGGAAGAAGAUAUUCAGGGGCAUAUCAGCCCCGUAGAAGAAUGGAAAUGCAUGUAUACUCCAAAGAUGCCUGUUGUCCAGACUUGCAAUAUAUUUGACUGUCCAAAGUGGCUCGCUCAGGAAUGGUCUCCGUGUACUGUGACCUGUGGACAAGGACUCAGAUACCGUGUGGUUCUUUGCAUUGAUCACAGAGGAAUGCAUACAGGAGGGUGUAGUCCUAAAACAAAGCCACACAUAAAAGAAGAAUGUAUUGUACCCACUCCUUGCUACAAACCCAAAGAGAAACUUCCCGUGGAAGCAAAGUUGCCAUGGUAUAAGCAGGCCCAAGAGCUGGAGGAAGGAACAGCAGUGACUGAAGAACCUUCGUUUAUUACUGAAGCUUGGUCCACUUGUAGUGUCACCUGUGGAGUGGGCAUCCAGGUGCGGCUUGUGAAAUGUCAAGUGCUUCUCUCUUUCUCUCAGUCUGUGGCUGACCUGCCCAUUGAUGAAUGUGAAGGUCCCAAACCUGCGUCUCAGAGAUCCUGUUACAGUGGUGCUUGCAGUGGGGAGGCAACAGAAUAUACUCCAGAGGAAACAGAGCUGCUGUAUGGCAGAUUGCAGGAGUUUGAUGAACUUUAUGACUGGGAAUACAAGGGCUUUACUGAGUGUUCAGAGUCUUGUGGAGGAGGUGUCCAGGAGACUGUGGUGACCUGCCUGAACAAACAAACCAGGGAGGCUGCAGAUGAGACUCUGUGUGUAUCCAGCCACCGUCCUCCACAGUUGCUGAAAACCUGUAGCCUGGACCCCUGCCCCCCCAGAUGGGAGAUUGGGCAAUGGAGCACUUGCAGCCUUACUUGUGGAGGUGGAUUGCAGACACGGGAUGUAUUCUGUUGUCAUGUACUGUCAAGAGAAACUAAUGAGACAGUGAUUUUGACAGAUGAAUUGUGCUCUAAACCUAAGCCAUCCCUUGUGCAAGCCUGUAAUCGCUUUGACUGCCCACCAUCCUGGUAUCCUACAGAAUGGCAAGAGUGUUCACAGACAUGUGGUGGUGGUGUUCAGAAGCGAGAUAUGCAUUGUAAGCAGCGCCUGGCAGACGGAAGCUUUUUAUUGCUGCCAGAAACUUUCUGCUCCACACCAAGGCCAGUUACUCAACAAGCUUGCAAAAGUGAGGAUUGCCCCAAUGAAUGGUUUUUCUCUGACUGGACACAGUGUUCAGUGAGCUGUGGAGAGGGCGCCCAGAGUCGAAAUGCUGUUUGCAGAAAGAUUCUGAAAACUGGGGGCUUUGUCAUCAUCAGUUCUUCACUGUGCCCACCUUUGCCAUUCUCAUCCUUAAACAGGCUUUGUACACUGGGUUCCUGUGCAAGGCGCAACAGACCAGCUCAUAAGCAAAGCCCCCGUAUCGUGGCUGCAAAGAAAGUUUACAUUCAGAUAAGGAAGCAAAAGAAGCUGCACUUUCUUGUGGGUGGGUAUGCCUACCUGUUGCCCAAAACCUCCAUUAUUCUCCGAUGCCCCACAAGGAGGUUCCGGAAAUCAAUGAUCACAUGGGAGAAGGACAACAAGAGACUCAGCAGCUCAGCUCACAUCACCAUUGCACCCUAUGGGUACUUGAAAAUCCAUCAUUUGAAGACUUCAGACACUGGGACAUACACCUGCAUAACAGGGUCAACACGGGAGAAUUUUGUAAUUAAGCUCAUUGGAAGUAACAAGAAGAUCAUUGCUGGGCAGCCAACUGGUAUUAAGGAGGAAGAGGCCAAGAGAAGGACCUUCUCAAACAAAGCUUUGCAGGCAGAGGAGAAACAUAUCAAUGGCAUUCUCUUCAAUGGGAGCAAAGCUGAAAGUAGAGGACAUAUUCCUCAGCUCAGUAGGUGGUAUGACUAUAUUGUCUCAAGGCUGCUACAGCACAAGAACUGGCCAGGGCAAAAUCUGGGGCCCUGGGAAGAUCAAGAGUCCACUGAAAAAAACACAUCCUCAGAGGAGGACCACAACCAGGAGUAUAGCUUGCCAUUUACUAUGAUCACAGAGCAGAAACGCCUCGAUGAUAUCAUAAGGAAUUUAUCACAACAACCUGAGGAGCUUAAAGAUGUCUACACUGAUCAGCUUGUUGUGCAGCUGGCUCACGAACUUUUCCAGAGGCACUUGGAGCACCAGGAAUCUGUCCUCAAUGUGUCAAGGCAGAGAGUAGAUACAACCUUGCUGGAGUAUCCUCUCCACAGAUAUGUUUCUGGUUUUACCAGCUCACUAAGGACAUCUUCUGCUGAAUCAUUUCUCCCCACAUCUGUAAACCUGGCAAAUGGCUUGCACAGACCUCAUCGAAAGCCUGCCAUCCUCAGAAAGAUUUCAGCAGCACAACAGCUUUCUGCUUCAGAGGUUGUUACCCACCUGGGACAGACAGUGGUCCUAGCCAGUGGCACACUGAGUGUGCUGCUUCACUGUGAAGCAGUGGGAAACCCAAAGCCCACUAUUAGCUGGGCUAAGAAUGGAGAGGAGGUGAAAUACAAUGAUAGGAUACUACUUCAGCCUGAUGACUCCUUGCAGAUUCUAGCACCUGUGGAAGCUGAUGUGGGCUUCUAUGCUUGCAAUGCAUCCAAUGCCCUGGGAUCUGACUCUGUCUCCAUUGCUGUCACUCUAGCAGGAAAGCCACUGAUAAAGGCAUCUAGAGCUACUGUGAUCAACACUGAAUCACCUACUGUUACCGCUGAUAUUGGAAGCACAGUGAAAACAAUCCAAGGAGCAAAUGUUACCUUUAGCUGUCAGGUUGCAGGUGUUCCUGAAGCAGAAGUUACUUGGUUUAAGAACAAACUUAAGCUAUCCUCUGCACACCACCUGCACGAUGGGUUGCUGCUAAUUACAAGUGUUUCUCUGUCAGAUCAAGGGUUGUACUCCUGCAAGGCAGCGAAUCGUCAUGGGGUAGUAACUGAAAGUUCUCAGCUGCUGGUUCUUGAACCUCCACAACCUCUGCCUUACCUAGAAGACUUGACAGAUGUCCUUUCCAGUGCUGCGGCCAGCACUCAUUCAGUGCUGGCCUCUCCUGCAGGAACACAAAUGACCAUCAGACCAGGGAGCUCUGUUCUCAUAGGUUGUGCUGUGGGUGGUCAUCCAGCCCCAAAUAUCACCUGGCUUUACUCUGACAAGCCUCUCAGUCUGCAGCAUACCCUCCUAGCAGCAGGACGGAUUCUUCAGAUAAUCAAUGUCACUGAAGUUCACAAUGGGGAAUUCAGUUGCCUUGCUCAGAACGAGGCUGGCUCACUCACACAAAAAACAUCCUUGGCUAUACAAGAAUAUCGGUGGUCAGUAGACAAGUUGAUGGCUUGUUCAGCUUCCUGUGGCCACAAAGGGAUGCAGCUGCCCGAGCUGAGGUGCUUAUUGGAUGGGGCUGAAGUCAACGUAUCCCACUGCAAAGAGAUGCCCAAACCAGCCCUGCAGCCCAUCGCAUGCAAUAGGAGAGACUGCCCUUCACGAUGGAUGGUAACAUCAUGGUCUCCUUGUACGCGGAGCUGUGGUGGAGGCAUCCAGACGCGGCGAGUGACAUGCCAGCGCCUGACAGCAAAAGGCAGCUCUGUCCCAAUGUCAAGUGAGGCUUGUGUCCAGGUAUCCAAGCGUCCUAUGGACACGCAAAACUGUAACAGGCAGCCCUGUGUUGAAUGGGUGGCCUCCUCCUGGGGCCAGUGUAAUGGACCUUGCAUUGGACCACGACUGGCUGUACAACACAGACGUGUGUUUUGCCAGACCAAAGAUGGGACUUCUGUGCCAUCCAAUCAGUGCAGUGCCUUACCAAGGCCAUUGAGCACCCAGAACUGCUGGACUGACAUCUGCAGUGUACACUGGAGGGUCAGUCUGUGGACCGUUUGCACAGCUACAUGUGGAAACUACGGCUUCCAGUCUCGGCACGUGGACUGCGUGCACGUUCACACCAACAAGCCUGUGCUGGAGCGUCACUGCUCCUGGAGGCCACGGCCAGUGAACUGGCAGCAGUGCAACAUCACACCCUGUGAAAAUGUAGAGUGCAGAGACACCACAAGGUAUUGUGAGAAAGUGAAGCAGCUCAAACUCUGCCAGCUCACUCAGUUCAAGUCACGCUGCUGUGGGACUUGUAGAAAAGCUUGAAGACAAAAGCAGUGAAAACGGAGGAACAAGGGGAUCACAGCCUUUGCUUCACUGAGGUGCAAGGACUUUUACAGAAAAUAUGAAGUGAAUGGAUUUUUUUCCACUUUAUUUAUUUAUUUCCCUUUUUAGAAAGAAAACAUUUUGCUAAAAUUAUUAUUGUAUAAUUGUCACUUGACAAAUUUUGUCCUCUAUGAAUCUGGAACAUAGAAUUCAGGAAAACAUGGUCAUGAGGAUGAAUCACAAAGAAAGAGUCAAUGAGACCCACAUCACCAGCAGUGGGUCUGAGAGGAGUGGAUCUGCCCUAUAAUAUCUGUAUUCACAUGCCCAGGGCUAUACAAACAGACAGAUGGGGAAGCAGAUGAAAGUAAACAUCUAGCAUCAUGUUGGACCACCACAAUAUGAUACAGAGAGCUUGACAGGUUAUGAGGUAAUGGAGGAAAAAAAAACCAAACCACUAAACUAAGCAUUCUGCUGCUCAGUAUGCAGGUACUUCAACUAUCUUAGACUACUUUGAGAAUGGACACACAAGAUUUUUCUUUAUAAACCUUGGUUACAUUCAAGAUUGGAUUCCUCUUUUUCUUUCUAAACUUCUCCUUCUCACACCAGACCUUCAAAUUAUUUCAGUGGGAGAUCAUCAUGAUCUUUGAGGAUCUGAUGUCUGGGGGACUUGAACUGUGUAAUGUGAACAAGUCUAAACCACACCUGAAAACGUUGCCAGGUUGUGCUUGUGAGGGAUGCUUAAGGAUAGGAGUGUUGCUCUCAGCACAGGUGAUUAUGUGAAUUAUUAUCCAGAAGAAAGAAGGAAAACAUGCUCUGCUCUUGACGGAUUGUAGUAAAAACCUGCAAUUACUGUCCUGUAUUGAGCGCACGCAAGAAAGACAGAACUUGUCUGUGGUUAGAGGACCUAGUUAGUAUACUGCAUAUACUGCAUCCUAUUAGCACUUGAAAAAAAGAGGAAUAGCAGUUCAGGUGCUUUCAGAUCUGGGAUUUUGUAAAGGAACUUAAGGUAGUGGGUUUUCCUACCCUGCUAAUGUGAAAUUUCUCUCUCUCCUGGCAGUCAAACCUUUUGUACAUGCAUUGAAAAGAACUGUGUCCUGAUUCCUUGUGGUUAUUCUAUAGUAACAGAAUGGAUUCAGGAUCAGCCCCAGCAGACUAAUACCAGUAUUUUUCAACAAACUCGCUCCUCUGCAGUUUCCACAGCAAAACAGGUGCUAAAAAACAUCAUAUUUUGAGGCUCUGCAGACACAGUCUAAAAAAAAGAGGCCAAACAUCACACCCAUAGCAUGAAUUUGGGUGUUCUCUGUGAGUCAGUAGUUACUCAUAAAGUGUUUCAUUUGUUUAGUUCUUGGGAACUUCCUGUUUUGUUUGGAAUAAGCCCUACAAUUAGAGGAAACCCACAAAGUAGGGGAUUUGAACACAAUGAAACUUUAAAGGAGAGCUAUCUGGAUUCAAAGCUUUGGCUGAACACCACAUCUAAAUUAAAAGCUUAGCUGUACCUCUCCUGUCACCCACAUGGUGCUUGUGCCUUGUUGGACAUUAAUGUAAUACUAUAAAAGUACUGCUGUGAUAGAGCUUCCAUAACACAUGGAAUUUUCAGCAAAACUGGGAGACCACCUUUGAGCUCAGUGCCAGGCUUGUGACAUUAAAAUCUCUCAAGCUGGGUUACUUCAAAGUACAUCUGGCAGUGAGUACUUCUACUCUAAAUGGGUCUUCAAGAAACAGUGUUGCUACACAUGUGUAACUUUUUAUUUAAAAAGAAAAAAAAGCCUUUCUAUGUAUGUAAAUGUAUAUCUUUUCUGUGUAUUUAUUAGGAAUUCUUGUAUAAAAAGUGCAAUAUUACUAAUUGUACAUUACUUUUUUUCUAGCUAAAACAUUUUUGGGGUUCCUUUUAAAUCUCCCCAGAAUUUUAUUCCUGUAAAAUCAGGUGUAAUAGUGUAUUUCUUUUAAUUUUAAGAACACUUGCAUUUAAUUGGGGAUCUACUUUACUGUGUGUAGAGUGCUUUAUAUGACAUUAGAAAGGGUUGCACUUGUUUAACAGUGAAGCAUAUUACUACUAUUCUGAAUCCAUAGCUCUGGACUCAGAGGGUGUGUCUGCACAGAUUCAAGAUCUCCAUGCUUCUGCAGCACUGUCACCUUCCUUCCCUUGCAACUCUUAUGUGAGGCUCAGGAGUCUCUUAGAGACAGGUAAUGAACAUCUCCAGGCGCUCAGUGAGAGCUGCUUUUAGCUGUAUGAAGCAGGAUAAGAGCAGACACAACGGUCCCUCUGGUGGUCAUUCACCGUUAGGUUUGCUUGCCCUGCUUUUGUCUGCUAUCCCUUUCUCUGCUGUCUUGCAAAGAGGAAUCUGCUGUUGCAGACAGGUCUGGUCUUGACCUAUGCACUCCAAGACCUCAAACCACCUCUCAUCUUCAGCCAUUACUGAUACAUCUGUGAGUCAGCGUGGUGCUCUUAGGAUUGCAUACCACACUGCUCUAAGCACCAGUGUCACAAGCAGCAGAAACACUGCUCUGCUCUGCUCUGUGCAGAGUGCUUUAUAAGCUAUGACAUUAGGAAGGGAUGACGUUUUCAACUUAUGGAAUGAUAGCUAUUCAUGGAUGAAGGACAAUUUCUUAAUAACAAUAAUAACAGCAAUGAUGAUGACAAUGUCAUGGGUAUUUCUAGAACAGUAUUAACAAAAAAAAAAAACAGUACAGGGAAGCUGUACAUUAUCACUUGUUUAAUAGUGAUGCAUAUUACUGUUAUUCAACAAUCACGGAUUGAAAAGUAGUUGUGUAACUGGGCACAGAAUAAACAGAAA